AUGAGCGCAGCCUCAGAUCCGUCUCAUGUACGGAACAUCACCGUCACCGGCCAUGUCGAUCAUGGCAAGACUACUUUUGUCGACUCUCUUCUGGCGGCGAACAACAUAAUAUCUGCUCGUAUGGCUGGCAAAAUACGGUUCCUGGACAGUAGAGAAGAUGAACAAGAGAGGGGCAUCACUAUGGAGAGCAGUGCUGUAUCUUUGCGCUUCCAAGUCUUGAGAAGAAAUGCGACCGGUAAUGACUUUCUAGAGAGUUUCGUUAUCAACCUCAUCGAUACUCCUGGCCAUGUGGACUUUUCGAUCGAGGUGUCAACCGCCUCUCGCCUAUGCGAUGGCGCCCUUGUCCUUGUGGAUGCAGUGGAAGGAGUCUGCACACAAACAAUUUCUGUGCUCCGACAGGCUUGGCAAGACCGGCUCCGGCCCAUUCUCGUGAUCAACAAGAUUGAUCGCUUGAUAACCGAACUUCAGCUCUCCCCUAUAGAAGCCCAUCAUCACCUAAGCCAAGUUGUAGAGCAAGUAAACGCUGUAAUGGGAAGCUUCUUCGCGUCCGAACGCAUGGAGGAUGACCUGCGUUGGCGUGAAGAGCGUGAGAAGCGUCUACAGAUGAGGAAGGAAAAGGAAAGCGGCUUGGAAGAUGCAGCAGGAGAUGAGAUAGUUUUUCACGAGUUCCAGGAAAGGGACGAUGAAGAUAUCUACUUCACCCCCGAACGUGGAAAUGUCAUAUUCGCUUCAGCAAUCGAUGCCUGGGCGUUCCGCAUUGGUACAUUCUCUAGGCUAUACGCGGAUAAGCUUGGUAUCAAGGAAGAAAGUCUUAGGCGAACACUUUGGGGUGACUUCUUUCUAGAUCCGAAAACCAAAAGAGUGGUUGGCCGUAAAGGCUUGAAGGGUAGAAAUCUCAAGCCCAUGUUUGUUCAGUUUGUACUUGAGAACAUCUGGGCCGUCUAUCAUAACGUUGUCAUCACCCCGAACCAAGAUAAGGUUAAUAAGAUCGUCUCUACGCUCAACCUCAAAAUUCAGCCACGCGACCUCAACUCCAAAGAUUCGCGGCAUCUGCUUUCUGUGAUCUUCUCCAAGUGGCUCUCUUUAGCUUCAUGCACAUUCCAAGCUGUUGUGGACGUGAUCCCACCCCCAUCCGUAGCCCAGAGGACGAGGCUCCCGAAGGUGCUCUACCCGGAUCUACACGAGCAGGCCGUGAAUGCGAAAACAAGGCUGGAAGAAAACCUGUACUCUUGCGACGCCAGCGACGGCGCCUCUGUUGUUGCGUACGUCAGCAAAAUGUUUGCGGUGCCGAGCAAAGAAUUGCCGGAAAACAAGCAGCGUGGGCUGACUGCAGAAGAAAUGCGUCAACGGGGACGAGAUGCUCGUGUUCGGCGAUCUCAGGUUGAAGAGGGCUCAUUGGAAGAUAGGGCCAUUGCUGUUCGUGAAGACUCCGUCGAGCCAUCCGGGGAAACUGUAUCGAAAAAUCCAUCCGCGGUCGUGGAGAAUGACAACACCGAAGCCCUUCUUGGUUUCGCCAGAAUUUACUCCGGCACCAUGAAACAAGGAACGCAUAUGUACUGUGUGCUCCCACGAUACGACGCGUCGCUUGGGCCAAGACAUGCCAGUAACAUCAAGCAUCUGCAAGUCAUCCAAGUAACCACACUUUACACAAUAAUGGGACGUGACCUUGUUCCUGUACAAGCCGUUCCUGCUGGAAAUGUAUUUGCAAUUGGUGGACUUGGAGGUGUGGUGCUUCGAAACGCUACAUUAUGCAGUCCCAAUGGAGCCAGUAUACACAGCGAAGACUCGAUUGCCUCGAAUGAAGUAGAAAGCGAUUGCCUCGUCAAUUUAUCUUCAACAGGUUACCAGGCGGCUCCGAUUGUGCGUGUCGCAUUGGAACCCGCAGAACCGGCAAAUAUGCCGAAGUUAAUCAGAGGGCUCCGCCUUCUGUCACAAGCUGACCCAUGCGUGGAGACUUUCCAGCAGCAAACUGGCGAGUAUGUCAUCAUCACGGCUGGCGAACUCCAUCUUGAGCGAUGCUUGAAAGACUUGCGCGAGAGGUUCGCAAAAAUCGACAUCCAAGCAUCCAAGCCGAUUGUACCCUUCCGUGAGACGGCUAUCAGGGUUGCCGAAAUGGCGCCACCGAAAAGCCAGGACUUGCCCAGAGGGACCGUGAAAGGGAGCUCUACCCAGGGACUGGUCACUUUCAGCAUCAGAGCAAGGCCGCUUCCAUCUUCCGUCAUCUCUUUCUUACAGUCCAAUGUCCAUGUUAUCCAAGAGAUACAAGGGGGUCGGGGUAUGCAACGGGUCACGUCGAAUGUACGUACAAGGGUAGAAGGUGUCCUGGCCAUGGAGGAAGAUGUACUCGGAGAAGAAACUGAAAACCGUCCAACCGUCCAACCCCAAGGUUUCUGGACAGAACUGGAAGAGCUCCUAACCGCCGCUGGACCAGACUGGUCAAAGAUCGCAGAUCAGAUAUGGGCGUUUGGACCCAAGAGGAUAGGCAGCUGCAUGUUGAUAGACCAAACUGGUGGUUCUUUCCGAUCCCUUCGAAGGCGAACGAGCACAGAGACAAGAGAAAGUGGGGUCGAGGUGUCGGCUGAGCAACCUAAUUUUGUGUCAGACUCGAAUGCACUGUCUCUUCACAGUCCCGUAUACUUCGACGCGGCUGUUGAAACAGGAUUUCAGAUAGCCACCUUCCAGGGGCCGCUCUGUGCGGAGCCUGUUGUGGGAAUGGCGUACUUCGUACAAAAUUUGAACUACGACCUGGCUGUUCUAGAAAUGGAGGAAAAUCGGAUCAGAUUACCUCAGAUCACGGGCAGUGUCAUCACUGGGGUACGAGAAGCGUGUCGUGCUGGCAUGGUAGAUUGGAGCCCCCGGCUUAUGAUGGCUAUGUACGCAUGCGAUAUACAAGCUUCGACCGAUGUCCUUGGUAAGGUUUACGGUGUUAUUUCUAGGCGAAGAGGUCGAAUCGUUGCGGAGGAGAUGAAGGAGGGAACAAGCUUCUUCACGAUCAGAGCUCUUCUUCCCGUGGUGGAAAGCUUCGGAUUUGCGGACGACAUCCGAAAACGAACCAGUGGCGCCGCUAGCCCACAGUUGAUUUUCAACGGAUAUGAGAUACUAGACCAAGAUCCAUUCUGGGUGCCAACAACAGAAGAAGAGCUGGAGGAUCUUGGCGAAAAGGCGGACAGGAUCAACAUCGCCAAAAUGUAUAUGGACGCUGUGCGUGAAAGGAAAGGUCUGAGUGUGGAUAAGAAAAUAGUUGAGUUCGCGGAGAAGCAGCGGACAUUGAAACGCUAG